AUGUUAAGAUUAAGAUUAGGAUUAAGGUUAAGAUUAAGCUCUGGUAAUAACAAUUAUGAAAAUUAUAAAAGUGGAUUAGAAAAUGAAAAUGAGAAACAAGUAUUGAAUAUUAGUAAAGAAUUUGAUUUAUGGAAAAAAGUUAAUAGAUUUUUUAAUAAAUAUACACUAUCAAAAAGUUUUGCUAUAGAAAAUGCAGAGAAGAUUAUAUUACUUUAA